AUGCUCCAACCCCAACCCAAGACCACACCAACCACACCAACCAUGGACCAACAAGUAGAGCAUCUAGUCAACAAGACCUGGGCAAAACUAUGUUCAACAGCAGACGACGCCCGUCUCAUGAUAGCCAUCAGCGGAAUACCAGGAAGUGGCAAAACAGGACUAGCAACCACAAUGGCGCACCGAAUCAACCAAAUCUACGCCUCAGAAAACCCAACCUCCCCAACCCCAAUAGCAACAGCCCUCCCAAUGGACGGGUAUCAUCUGACCCGCGCACAACUAGCCCAAAUGCCCGAUCCGAUCUUCGCAGCCGCGCGACGCGGCGCAGCCUUCACGUUCGACGGGGAAAAAUUCCUUUCUCUUGUGCGGGCUCUGCGCACACCAAUCACAUCCGAGACGGGGUCUGUUUACGCGCCUAGUUUCGACCAUGCUAUUAAGGAUCCUGUGGAUGGGGAUAUUGCCAUUCCGGUUGAGUGUAGGGUUUUGUUUUUUGAGGGGAAUUAUUUGAGUUUGGAUAAGGAGCCUUGGAGGACUGCUGCGGGGUUGAUGGAUGAGCUUUGGUUUGUGGAUGUUGAUUUUGAGGUUGCGAGGAAGCGAUUGGUGCUUAGGCAUGUUUUGGCGGGCAUUGCGAAGGAUGAGGCUGAGGCGGAUAAGAGGGCUUUGGAGAAUGAUUUGGUCAAUGGGAGGGAGAUUGUGGAUUUCAGGUUACCGGUUCAGGAGGUGGUUUUGAGUAUCUUUGAUUCGGGGUGGGAGAAAUGA